AUGAGCUCACAGCCUGGGGCAAGCUCUCAGGAAGAUGCCGCUUCCGAGGAAAACGCCGAUUCUAGGGAGGGCUCCGGUUCUGUAACCUCCAAUCCAGGAAGACUGGCCCAUGUUUUCAGGGCGGUGCGGGAUGACCGUGAAGUGAGACUUGCCUGCCCUUGGGAAGAAGGUUACCUUGAUCUUCCAGGCGGGCCUCUUCGGCCUCCUGGCAAAAUCUUCAAUCCUUUCGAUCCCGGUUGGAAUCUUGCUCGCAACAGAAUGGAUGCGCUUGGCCAUCCCUAUUGGUAUUUUGACGACCCUAAACCGGACAACAACACUGGGUACAGAUUCUGGAGACAAGCUCGAAGAGCGGCACGAGUGUGUAUCUAUCUUCUAUGGGCGAGGGACCCACUGAACCUAGUCACUAAGGACCUGGUGGGCCUCCUGAACAUGGAUUCGCGCCCAACUGGUGCAAGUGGCCUCCCGGUUUUGAAGCUAUUAGCCAUCAAGUACUUUUUACUAUGCUCAUGGACAACAGGAUGAAAAGGCUGACGACGUGGCCGAUGACGGAUGAUGCUAGUUACGCUCGGCGUAACCAAUUCACGACCUACGUGCUCUCUGAUGCGUUUCUUUGUUUUGAAUUCACGGGCCGAGAGGGCGAGCCCACAGUGGGAAGGAUGCAGAAAGACAUGUAUGCUUACGAUUGCAUCAAGACCUGGCACUUUGAAGGUUUGGCGGCCGAGGGCGACAAGAGGGGCGUCAAAAGAGCCUGGUUCUAGAACUUCAGGUUGGUGGAAGAGAUGGGAAGGCAUCUUGACCGCUUUUUACUCCCCCCUAACCUGGACUACCAGGACUGGGCAAAGUAUGAACACGACAAUUGGUGGUAUGCACGUGAUUGGUUUGAGAGGUCACAAGAUGAGAGAGACAGGGAAAAAUUGCUGCAGUUAUCUGGAAACCCUCUGGACGAUAUGGCGGAUAAAGUGUUUGCGAGGCCGCCCGUGCGUGAUGUAAAGGACGAGUACCCUGAUGCGGACACAGAGGAGCUGCCUGUUUUACGGUGGAUGUGGCAUCACCGGUUGAUUGGGGGUCGAGCGAAAAGGAUUGUGAUUUGGAUCGAAAACGAAGGAGAAGAGGAAGGCGCAGGUUUGGACGAGGG